GCGGGGACCCCACGCCGUUUACCUCACCUACGAAUUCGCCUCGCCCGCGAUUGGCAGGGAAAACUUUUUUCCGCAUCUCUCCCCCUUGGAUCUUUGACGCGUGAGCGCGAGCAAAAACAAUCCGCCGGGGGAUAUAUAAGUGAUCUGACGGGGUACGUGAGAUGUAGUCAGUCCACAGUACCGACAACAGAUCGCAAGCACUUGGAGCAACAUGUUCAAGCUGAUCGUCCUUUUCGCCACUGUCGCCUACGCGUCCGCCGGCGGCCUCUACUCCGGAUACGGAGGGCUUUAUGGCUACGGCAGCGGUUACGGCAGCGGUUACGGCUACGGUGGCUACGGCUUAGGUCAUGGAGUAGCCGCGAUCGCACCUUCGAUCGGAUACGCGCACGCUCCAGUUGCGACCAGCUACGCCAAUACGUACAAGGUCGCGGUAGCUCCACCCAUCGCUAAGCUCGCCGUUGCACCUGCUAUCACGAAAGUGGCGUACGCCGCGCCUAUCACAAAAGUCGCCUACGCUCCGACUUACUCUGCACCAGCGUACAGCUACGGCCACUACGGAUACACGGUUCCACCAUCGGUCACCUAUCUGAACAGCGGUCUUGGAUACGGUCACGGUCUUGGAUAUGGUCUCGGCUAUGGAUACGGAAUCGGCCACGGUUAUGGAUACGGCAGCUAUGGUGGCUACUACCACUGAGCGGGACAACUGAGCCCAAAGUCCUCGGGGCAUAAACGCCUUCUUCGACAAGUUUGAUUGUAAACGGUUGGCGACGCAGCCGUACUGCCACAAAACAUUGUCAUCGGCUAUGUACAUGACGUUUAUAAUACACAUUUUCAUCUUUUA